UAUCACCCCGGAGAACCCAAGGACAUACUUGUUUGUUUGUUUAUAUUAUUUCAACUACAACUCUGGGGACAUUACAAGUUUUACAAUGGAAGAAGUUGACAAAAUCAUUAUAGAAUCCUUAAGGAACUUAAACUGUGAGAUUGAUGAAGACAUUGACACCCUUAAGAAAUUCACCCCGGACAUUGUUGUAGCUGCAAUAUCGAGUUGCCUGGCUUCAAUAGACCCCCAAAUUAACCACCCCAAAAAACUGCCCCCUUCAAUGAGCUCUCGCAUUAAAUUCGCCUCAGAUCUUGCCCAGCAAAUAAAAGAUUUAGGGUUUAAGGGUGACAUGGGUUAUCAGACUAUAUUGUAUUGUAAUGAUGUAGAUGUUAGACGGGUGCUAAUGUUUCUUUUGGAGCAUUUACCCAAAGAAUCAUCUACACUAAUUGAAGAACCUAUUGGUUAUGUACCAAAGAUUAUAAAACAAAUUGAAAACAGUUUAAAGGAGGAUUUGGGUAGAUUUUGGUUGCCUUCAGAGGUUUGUGAUAGGGGGUUUGGACAUUGUAGCCCUAUUGAUUGUGUAGAUUUAAUUGUUCCUAGUAGUGUAGAGGAGGCUGCACUUAUACCUCCUGUUAAUCUACAGUGUUCUACAAGUCAACUAUUGCCUUCACUUUUGUUUGAAGGAGCUAAAGUUGAUUGGAAAGAUGUUGAAAUUACUUCAACAAAACCUUUGGAUGAUGAUAUUUUUGUUGAAGAUAUUGUUACAACAAAUCAAAAUACUAAUGAAAUAAUUGAUGAAUUAAAGCAAAAGAAAGAUUUAAUAAUUGAAUUGAGGGCAGAUGUUAAUGCAAAUAAGGAAAUAUUGGCUAAAUUGAAACAGCAAAUUGAGGAGGAGCAACAAGUGCUUGAAACAAAGACAAAUACAUUGAAAAUCAAGCAUAAAACUUUAGCUGUUUUGAGUAGUGAAGACAACAAAUUGAAGCUAAGGAAUUUAGUACAAAAAGCUGAAAAUCGUUUGGUUGAAUUGGCAAAUCAAUGGAGCCAAGUACAAACACCUCUACUGCAAGAACUUGAAACUUUAAAGAAUUCUGCGAGUUUGGAGCAUAUAGAAACCCAAAAAGACCAAGACCGGUUGCAACGUUUGAAACAAACCCAUAAGGAACUGGUUGCAGAUUAUAAAGACAAAUGUCUCCUAGAACAAGGUUUAAUUGAGAAAUGCAAAGACUUAAAUAGCAAAAACAGUAGAGCUGCUUAUACCAAAAGAAUCCUAGAAAUAGUGGGCAACAUACAAAAGCAGAAAAAGGAAAUACAAAAGAUUUUGUUGGACACUAGAAGGGUGCAAAAGGAUAUUAACAGCUUGACUGGCCAAGUGGAUAGGAGUUUUACACUUAGUGAUGAAUUGAUUUUCUAUGAUUGCAAACAAGAAGAAACUUCUAGAAGAGCCUACAAGCUUCUAGCAGCACUGAGAGAAGAAUGCAACAAGAUUCUACAAGCUGUUACAGAUAUGGGACAAGCUGAACGAGAACUUAGAAAUUUGGAAGAGCAACUUGAAAUUGAGAAAAACAAAGAUUUCAGAGACAAAUUAGAUAAAGUCCAAAGAGAUUUGGCUGAAAUUAGAAAAGAAAUUGAGAUGUUAGAAGGCAAAUAAACCUUUUGGUUUGAUUAAUGCCCCUGCAACUUUUCAAAUAAAACAAAAUACAAUUAUUUAUUACAAUUAUUAUAAUUAUUAUUGGGGUGGUAUGUAACCUUCAUCAACAUGUCUAGGCUUCUUUUUAUGCCCAAACCAUCUCUUGGGGUAAAAUUUGGUUUUGGCAUCAAUUGCCAAGUCAAUCUGUUCCUCAUUUUCAAAGAACCAAAGUUUUUCUUCUUUUUCUUUGAGUGCUUGUUUGAGGUCUUUGAUGUUUUCUAGUCUUUUGGCUGUGUGAAGGCGCUGUUUCUGGUCUUCCAUUGACUUGAGGCGAUUUUGUUCCCAUUGCUGGUAGAUUUUGCAUUGCUGGUUUAUGUCUUGUUGGUGGGUUUUGGUAAAACUGUUUUUAACAUUGUCAAUUAGCUUAGUGUUAACAUCAAUAGAUUCUGUUUCAAAUGUAUGUGGUUCUGGUAGUAAGUCUAAGAUUUCUUUGUAUAAAGGAGUUGUUACUGGGAUGUUGUUGUAGGGUUUUUGGUAUAAGGCAAGGCCCAAGAUGUGGAAACUUUGGUACAAAGGGUCAGUUUUACCCUUGCCAAUCAUGGCUAAAGUUUUUCCAAUGAUUUUUUUGUCUUCUCUUAAAUCAAAAUGAUCAUCAUUCCAGGGGUUUCUUAGAUAUUUGACUCUUAUUUUGAUUUCUUCUUCAGGUUCCACUGGUGGUUCUUGUACAGGCCAACCUAAAGUGAGAAAAGCUUUAGGUUUGAAUAAUGCACCUGCUACUUUUCAAUUUAUAAAUGGACAUUGUUUAAU